AUGGCGGACACACUUUCCACCUUUACGAACUUCGGCGUCCUGCCAAAAGAGCUCCGUCUCUUGGCGUGGGAGCAAGCCGUCAAUAGCAUUGAACCGAAAUCCGUGGUCAUCGAACCGCUGUACACAUUGAAUCACGAAGGUGCAGUCAUUGUUGAUACCUUCAGAGGAUACAAAGCCCGUCCAUCGGACGUUUCUCCUGUAAUGCUGCAGACCAGCUCGGAAGCACGAGCCGUAGUACUGAAAAGCUACCGUCGCAUGUUUGGAGACACAGACCCUCCAAGCUUCCCCAUAUACUUCAAUCCCGAUCGCGAUAGUCUGCACCUACGAGACUGCGACCCCAAAUGGAAAGGCAAAAUUCCCGACUGGUCGAAGGCCCCUGAAGAGCUCGCUCUCAUCAAGAAUCUUGUCAUUUACUACAGCCGUGACUCCCCGCUAAAACUGCCUGCUUCAUAUCCGUUUGGCUUGGCUGCUUUCGAGUCCCUCGAAAGUCUGAGUAUACCCAGCGGUCGAGGCGACCCUGCGACUGCCAUGAAGUCGCUCGUGGCUCGGAGGGAAAAAGAAUCCCCCAAGGCUGCGGAAAUACUUCGCUCUUUCCCUCUUCCAGAAGCAGAAGAUCCUGCGUCUGUGGAGCAAUACGAGAAUCAGGUCACAGCUGCUAUGGCGAGCUUUUGGACCACAAAAAUGCAUCCGAUACAGAUUGGGAGAGGUAAGCCGGUCACGCCUCCGCCGAGACUUAUCUUUCUGACUUGGGAGCAAGUCGAAGCUUUCAAUGAGAAAACGCCUAGUUUGGACAGAACCCGAAACACCUAUCCGCUGGUUAUGCAGAAUUUGCGUUCCUUUAUCGCUUCUCGCCGUGCAAGAGCCUCUAAUAACAACGGACAACUCCACGUUGACUAUUCUGGACCAGUCACGAGGAUGGUCUAG